AUGCCGUUGCUCGUAACAGACUACUCGUGGACACAGACGGACUCCACGGUCUGCUUAAGCGUGCCACUAAAAGGAGCGACGGUCCGUCAAGUGGACAUCCUGUCUACGGACCACUACCUAAAGGUGCAUUACCCACCACAUCUGUUUGAAGCCUUCCUAUUUGAACCUGUUGAUGAUGAGAGAAGCACGGCAAAGGUUGGAGACGGAGUUGCAGUUUUCAGUUUGCCAAAGAGGACCAAUAAAGUGUGGGAGCAGCUGAUGAUAACUACAAAUGAUAAAGGAAAAAAAGAGAUCAGAGAAAGGGCUCUGUUGAAAUACCAGGAGAAGCUCUCUGCACAGUCCACAUCCAAGGUGAAGAAAGGGCAUGCAGAGAAAAAAUAUGCACUGGAGAAAAUGAUGAAGCUUGAAAGGGAGAAAAGAGACAGUAUCCAGAAAAUCAAGGACAAAGAGCGAGAGAAAACCACAGCAGAGCUGGCAGCAUGGCAACUGAGACAGAAAGAAAAAGCAGAGGAAGAAGACCAACUCAAGCUCCACAGUCAGAGAGACGGUCAAAACAGACGAAAAGCUAUGACAGAGAAGCAGGAAAAUAGACGUUCAGAUGGAGCACAUGUCAAGCUGGAUCAAAGAGGCGACAGUGAAGCAAAAAGCAGGAGAAAACAAGAGGACCUGCCUGCUCCGAGACUCGUUGGAAACAUUCAAGUCACAUUUACCCCGCGACUUUUUCCAACAGCCCUCAGGGAAUCAAGAGUGCCAGAAGAGGAAGAGUGGCUCAAAAAACAAGCUGAAGGAAGGCGUUCAGUAAAUGCAGAUGUCGAAGAGCUGGGGGACCUGAAGGAGGAGGAGAGGAACCCUGACUGGUUAAAGGACAAAGGGGACAAAUGUUUUGUGACUGGGGACCACCUGGGGGCAGUGAACGCUUACAGCCUGGCUAUCAGGCUCAACAGAAAGAUCCCAGCUCUGUAUUCAAACAGGGCUGCCUGCCAUCUGAAGUUAAAAAAUCUUCACAAGGCCAUUGAGGAUUCCUCUCAGGCACUUUAUUUAUUGACUCCACCAGUUGCUGCCAAUGCAGCUUCCAGAGCCAGAGCCCAUGUCCGCCGAGGGUCUGCUUUCUGCCAGCUGCAGCUCUAUACAGAAGGGCUACAAGACUACCAAGCUGCUCUAAAGAUGGACCCUCACAACGAAGCGCUGCAGGCAGACACACAGAGAGUCAGAGACAGUAUUCAAGGCACUGCAGCGGACCCCUAG